CCAUGUCAAAGACAUCCCCAGAAGUAACUCUUGACACCCAUUUACAGGAACCUGCAGCACCAGUAGUUGAAGACAGCAAAAUACCAGAACAAAUAAAAAAGAUGGAUCAUGAGUCGAUUGCCAUUUAUCUGAACGCCCUUGAAUCGGGUUCAGAAAGAAGACGGGAUAUAAAUUUAAUAAUUGUUGGAAAGAAAUCUGUUGGAAAGACUUCCUUAGUACGACGAUUGUUCGGGGAGGAGUUACAAAGCGUAAAAAGCACAAAUGGUAUAGAAAUUCAUCGGCGGAGAUGUCGAAUAAAUCUAAGUAACUGGGAAUGGAAUAAAGUGUUAGAUACAGGAUUAGUGAAAGAAACAAGUAUCAACAAUAGAAUAUUGCAGUCAAUUGUCAAAAAGAUGCAUCAAGAUAAAGAAAAACCAAAGCAUGACAUAUUGGAGAUAUCUUCAUCAGAUCAGAUAUCAACAGAUGAUAAUAAGGUCACAAUCACCAAAAAUAUUGAACAUGACGACGAAUCUCAACCUAAAAUGAAUUAUCAGUUUGCUUAUCCGGAGAUUACAGAAUCGCCGUUGUCUAAUCUUGCAAAGGAUGAGCUGUUAAGUAUAAUCGGAUCUGCUGUAGACUUACAAGACGAAGACGGCUAUGCAAAUUUAACAGUGUGGGAUUUUGCUGGUGACAUUGAGUAUUACAACACACAUCAAACGUUUUUGAAUUCAGAAGCAAUUUUUCUUGUCGUAGCAAAUUUACAUGAAACAGAUGACACAUUAUCCUACGGCACAUUCAAUUUCUGGAUGGAUACAAUACAUUGUUAUGGAAGCAUAAAUGACAAAACUGAAGCUGUAUUGCUCGAAGGAGCUCACAACCUUCUAGAUCCACCAGUUAUUGCAAUUGGUACACACAAGGACAAAUUUCAGGACGAAGAACAAUGCAGAAAACGUCUCGAAUCCUACACUGAUAAAAUAUUUAAAGAUUCCAAGCUUCACCUGAGAUCAAUACACCUGAUAUCCAACACAGAGGAUGAAGAAGAUGCUUUUGGAAAAUUGAGGAAUGAUAUAUUUGCCACAGCAAAGAGUAGCGCAAAUUGGAAUCGAGAAUACCCUGUUAAAUUUAUUCAGAUGGAAAAAGCCAUCAACUCUGAACUUACGAUCGGAAAACAAAUAAUUUCUUUUGAAAGAGUAAAAGAACUUGGUGAGAAAAUACCACUUCCGAUAACUGAUGACAAGGAGCUUCAUCUCUUUCUCAGGUAUCAACAUGAAAUAGGUAACGUGAUAUUUUUUGAAGACAUUCCGUCAUACAUCAUACUUGAUCCCCAAUGGUUAGCAAAUGCCUUUACAUGCAUUGUUACAGCCCAGCAGUUUCAACUGGAAUUACCACACUUACAAUGGAACAACUUCAAACAAACAGGAAAGAUGGAUCCUAAGCUAUUGGAAGAAAUAUUCAAUAAACAAUCAGCAGACAUGAGGAUUCAUAAAGAGCAUAUACUGGAAGUAAUCGAAAAGUUUGACAUUAUCAUCUAUCCAUUGCUACUAACGGAAAGUGGAAAUGUACAAAGGGAGCAUAGUGUUUUUUACGUUCCGUGCAUGCUUCAAACAUUAAAAAUUAAGGAUAUUGAUGUAUUGUUUAACGUUCCAAAUGCUAGCAAAUCUACAUGUUUGUGUUUUGUCUUUAGUUUUUUACCGCCGUAUCUAAUCAGCAAUCUGAUUGUCUCUUGUCUACGAGAAUAUCCUCUAGCAGUGGUAAAGGGCGAGAUAGGCCUCUUCAAGGAUUGUUGUGUAUUCAAUAUUGACAGAACUGGCUGUGCAAAAUUUGUAUUAGCAAAGAGUAGUCAUAUGAUUCAGCUGCAGGUAUGGCAAUGGGAUGAAGUAGAUACAGAGGUUAACCAAACUGUUUUAAAAAUUGUCGAAAGAGAAAUCAACAGAAUUAUCAACACGCGAUACAAGUUGAAAACGGUAUCUUUCGAGAAAAAAUGGAAGUGUGAGACUACCAGUUUCUCCUUUGACACAGGAUUCCUUGAAUUUGAUCAAGUACAUGAUGGGGAAAAUUAUUAUUGCGAAGAACAUGCGACAACUCAUAAAUAUAAAGACUAUUGGUCUGGUGAGAAAUCAAAGCCUCCCGGUAGAUUAAGUAGUGAGGAACAGAAUUACGUCAGAAUGUCAAAGAUAGUUCUAGAGGUAUUAUCAGGCGUUUUAUACGAUCGCUUAUUCUUAGAUACAAAGACUGGAGAAAUACUUGAUCGUAAAAAGUUGGACAUAACAGAAAUGUGUAAGAAAUAUUGUGCUUUAAAAAUAAACUCUCCAAGUAAAGGCUUUAGGAAAAUAGAAAAUGUUGACGAGAUUUCUACCAUUGAAGAUACUAUUGGUGACGACAUUCAACGGAUACGUGUGAUCAGAAAUGAAAUGCAGCAUUCUUCUGUCUUUGCAUUAGAUGACACACGAUACCAAACACUAAUCACUAUAGUUCAUGAUAUGAUAACUAGAUUUGAUCAGCGUAACAAUCCAGCAGGUGAAUCCUACGUAAAACGAUUAGACGAAAUCAGGAAAAUGGAAUUAGAGACCAGGAGUUUCGAAGAGAUAAAAGAAAGAAUGAAAGCAGAAUUGAUGGAAAAGAUUCAUGCAGUUUUCCGAUAGUGUGGUAUCUGAUGAUUUGAACGAUAUUUGUUAACUCAUUUUUGUAUACACCAUUUGCAGUCAAUGGGAUAAGUAUUGAAUAUGUGAAAAAUUUGCAUAUUAGAAAAAUGAAAUGAACUACUCAAACUAUAAUUUACUAAUUAAAUUGACAAAAAAGUCAAUGGUAAACAAUAAAUAUAAACCCAAAGAUGUGGUUUGAAAACUCUCCAUUCGAGUCCCAAUGUAAUAAAAGUAAACUAUAGGUCAAAGUACGAAGCCGCGGCGCACACCAAU